AUGAAGAUCGUGGAAAUGUCAUUGGAGGGGUUUAAAAGCUAUGGAGAGCGAGUCAAGAUCGGUCCCUUCAGUCCUAACUUUACGGCAAUUUGUGGUCCCAACGGGACGGGCAAGAGCAACUUCUUUGACGCGAUCUGUUUCGGUAUGGGAUUUCGCGUAGGGAACGACAUGAGAGUUGACAAUCUUACGGAUUUGAUCUAUCAGAGGGGUCAAAGUAAUAUAAGCAGUGCUGCUGUGACUAUAGUAUUUGAUAAUCAGGAUAAAAAGUUCUCUCCCACAAUGUAUGCCGAUUGUGAUAAGAUAACUAUCUCUCGUCAGAUUGCCCUACGAGGUCGAGAUCGAUUCUUUGUGAAUGGCCAACUGAGAAAACCAACCGACAUUACUCGGAUGCUACUUGAGGCGAAACUGAACGUUCAUAAUGCGCAUUUCGUUGUUUUGCAAGGUACCAUUCAGAAGGUUAUACUCAUGAAGCCCAAAGAGAUACUCAGUAUGUUUCAAGAAUCUGUUGGAACAAACGUGUUUGACAAAGAAAAAGAACGGAGCCAAAAAGUAUUGACGGAAAAACAAGUUCAGCUGCAAAAAAUUGAAAAGGACAUAAACGAAAGCUUAGAGCCAGCCUUAGAGAAAUCGAAAAAGGAAAAGGCUAACUAUAUACGUUGGAUGAACUUGGGUUCGGAAAUUAUAGCUAUGAAAUACUAUGUUGCGCUUAAUAAAAAACGUGUGUUACACGCACUUUUAUGCAAGAAGAAAAAAAUUGUCGAAGAGAUACAGCUAGACUUGAGUAACAAUGACCAACAGCAGAUCACUAAGCGCAACGAAUUAAGUGCAAUUAGAGAUCGCCUAAAGAUCUUAAGUCAACAGAUUGCUGAGCUUGAAACAACUCCUCACGCUCAAAAGCUAAAACAGGACAUAAAUAAUACACAACUUGAACAAAACAAGCUUACUACACUGAUUACAUCCAUUUCAAAGGAUAUUUCGAACGGCUUGAAAGAGCUUAAAUUGCAGCAGAAAUCUCUGCAAUCUACUGAAUCUAGGUUAAAGGCGUUUGAAAAGGACAACAAAUCUUACAUUGAAGAAGAGAGCGCGUUAAAGGCGAAAACAAGCAAGACAAGAGAGAUUAUGAACAAGGCUAACGAAAGACUGGAGCUGGCCAAAUUAGGAAAAUGGACAACUGAGAGUGGUGAACCCCUUGGGGAAAUAGUAGAUGAUCUAAAACAAAAAGAAACUGACUUAAAUAAUCGAAUAAUUGCAUUAAAUCCUAUAAUCAAACAUCUUGAGAGUGAGGUUCAGAGGUUAGGUAAGACAGCCAAGAACACUCGGGAAAUUGAAGAGGCAGAGAGAUCAUUAAAGAAGUGGCAGGAUAUGUUGUCAGCGACUGAGUUAAAAUUGCAAGAUUUUGAUUAUGAUGCAAAUGAGGAGAAUUCUAUUCAGACCAAGAUAUUCCAGUUGAAUAGCGAUGAAGACCGAUACCAGGAUGAGUUACGCAGCUUGGCCCAGAGGUUUGCGCGAGAGGAGAGAAUUCGCCAAAAAUUUCCGGACGUGAAUAAAGUGCCGGGACCAUUAUUGGAUGUAUUUAGUAUCCAUAAAGGGUAUGAACAAUACAGUCUUGCUUUGGAGGAAGCGGCAAAGACCCGCUUGUAUCACAUAGUGGUGGACAAUGAUGCUACAGCCACGGAGCUGUUUCAAUGGGCUACGAACCAUGGUGUGCGUGUGACAUGCUUGCCAAUUAAUCGAUUGAAUAACAAAAGACCCUCUCGCGAUGUUAUCCUACGUGCUACAAAGCUGGCGAAUCAUGAAGGUGGCAAUCUAUUCUAUGCACUUGACAUUUUAGAAUAUGAUGUGAGCCAUGAGUCGUGCUUGUGUUCUGCCUUCAAUGUCUUUUUAACAGAUAAUCAGAAAAUAGCAAGGCUGAUUAAUGGUCAAGACAACUGGAUAUACAAUACUAUAACAAUCGAUGGAGACUGCUACAAUCCUACUGGCCAAAUAUCUGGUGGUAGUAAAAGUGGUAUGAAUCAUUUAAUUAAGAACAGAACACGUUUCAAUCAUGUCAGAAAAACGAUCGAAAAUGAUAUAAAAUUAGAACGUGAUAAACUGAAGGCAUUACUCGCAUCAUGUAUUAAUAAACAAGCUAGAUCCCAAGAAUUAAAGUCUACUAUACAAAGCUGCCAGCAAAAAAUAGAGACAAUUAAUGUGCAAAUCUCAAUAAAAAAAGAUACUACAGAUGAAGGCAAAUUGUUCAAAGCCCAACAAGAACUACAUGAGAAGAGUAACGCAAAACAGUCAUUAGAAAAUGAGUGCAGAUCAAUUACUAAAGAUCUACAACCUCACGAAAAAUAUUUGAAUAAUUGUCUAAAAAAUCCUCAAAAAGAAAUGGAUAAUCUUAGUAAAUCGUAUAAUGAUAAUAAAAGUGAAUAUGAUAUAUUAUGGAAAAAAUACCAAGAAUUAUUGGAUAGAAUGUCCCAAGAGAAAUUCAUACAUUCUAAUUUAGUAACUGAGAAGGACGCUAUUGUGUCAGAGCUGGAUAAGAUUCAAUGUCAAAUUAAAGAAUCUGAAAAGGAGUAUGAAGAUCUUCAAGUACAAUUACCUGUAAUAGAAUCCAACCUGAAUAAUUUACAACAUCAAUAUGAUGCUAUAUCUCAACAGAAAUAUACGGCUCAAAAACAGUAUAAAGAGCUUGAUGAGCAAUCUAGAUCAAUACAACAAGAUCUGGAGGAUAAUCAAGCAAAAAAUAGUCGAUUGCAUAAUGAACUUAAUAAGUUAAAAAACGAUAUCAUAUCCUUGACCACUAAUUUAGAUGCAGCAAAAAAGGACUUACUAAACCAGCCACAACAUGUAAUGGAAAUGCCUGAAUAUUUAGUCCUACUCCAAAAAUAUGAUCGUACGGAAAAUGGGGGUGUCGAGAUUUGUUCAAUAUCCCUUGAGGAAUUAACUGAAUUAUAUAAUGCCAUGAUUAGAGAGCGUUCGAGCUUACAAAUGAAGAUUGAUAAGAGAGCAAUUGAUAUGCUAUCACAUAUUGAGGCUGAAUUUAAUGAGUUGAAGAAUAAUCAAUCUAAGGUGCAAUCGGAACGAAACUCGGUACAACAGCUUAUCGAGAAUAUUGAAGCCCAAAAGACUAAAAAACUAAAUACCAGUUACACUCUGGUUGACAACGUAUUCAAUCAUAUAUUGUGUACCAUGUUGCCUGGAAACGUCCGAGGAUUCUUAAGUUUGGUUGAACCAAAUGAUAUAAAUGAAGGAAUUGAAAUAAAUAUUGAAUUUAAUGGAAUGAAGAAGAGUGGAUUACAUGAUCUUAGCGGGGGCCAAAAGUCAUUAUUGGCUCUAUCAUUCAUCUUAGCGCUCUUGAAACUAAACCCAUGUCCGUUAUAUAUUCUUGAUGAGGUGGAUGCAGCCCUCGAUAUUGGGCAUACUCAAAACUUGGGUUCGGUGAUCAAAAAAUACUUCACCGAGAGUCAGUUUCUUAUAGUCAGUCAUCGUGAGAACUUCUUCAAGAAUGCCUCAAUCGUAUUCAGGACUUCAUGCGUGAAUGGCAUGAGUCACAUUCAGCGCCUCUAA